GCCAUCCUGUCUGAAUAAGAGAUGCUUGUUCGACAAACACAUCCAACAGAAUCCGCAGAAGAGCGCAAGGAUCCCUUAUUUUCAACUGCAACUCCCACGCCAACUGAUAUCGUCAGAUACGCAGAUGGUUACGCAUAAGAACUUGUGCUUUCAACGACCAUUCAUUCAAUGGCCUCCCCACUAGAUCUUAGAAUUUUAUUAUUUUUUUCCGUAUAGUUAAAACUUCCAAUGUUGGAAUUAUCCAGAUCAGACAAAAGGUUUUUACAUCACAGAUCUAUCUUUUGAUUUCUCUUUUGAAAGAUUUAAGCAGCUUAAUGCACGUUUUCGAUGAAAAUAGGCGGCCGAAUGUUCGACUUCAACAACUAAAUUGGCAACUUACUGUUGGACUGAAAUCUGAAUAUGGCUAAAGAUGGAAAAGAUACAAGUGCUGCCGUAUUACAGUAUUUGGUAAUGCAAAACAGACCGUUUGCCUUGAACGAUUUACUUCUGAGCGCACAACUGAAAGAAUGUGGGAAAACUGCUGUCCAGAAAGCUUUAGAUCAACUGGUUGUGGCAGGGAAGGUCAAGGAAAAAAAUUACGGAAAGCAAAAAGUUUAUGUCGUUGACCAAGAUUUGGUUUCUUCUCCCAAUGACCCUGAUCUGUUCCAAAUGGAUUCUAAAAUAGCUGAGUUAACAAGGCAGAUUGCCGAGGAUCAAGGAGUCAUUAAAAAAGCAGAGAGUGAAUUGAAAACCUUGAACUCCACAUUGUCGAUUGAGGAACUUUCUGCACAACUGGAAAUGCUGCAAGCCGAAAAUGAGAAAAUGGAAUCUAAGCUGAAAGAUUUAUCCCAGAUGAAAGUUAAGCUUUCUGCAUCUGAUUUCAAGAAGGUGAAUGCAACUAAAGAAAAAGCUGCAUCUGAAUUACGAAAACGAAAAAGAAUUUGUGUUGAUAUGCUGGACCAAAUAUUGGAAAGCUACCCUAAAGGAAAGAAAGCUUUGCUCGAAGAAGUUGGAGUAGAACCUGACUAAGGGAAUCUCUUGUCACCACGUAAUUCCAGCAAAUCAAUAAGUCUUUCUUGUUCCCCAUGGGUUUGAUAACAUUUUGCUAAAGUAAUUGAUAAUUAAAGCUCAAUAUAUGUUGUUUAUUCAGGA